CUGGUUCCUCUCCCCCCUUUCUCAGAUUCUGCAAAUCAUGAGCAGCUGCUGUCUCUUCCACCAUCAGAAUCUUCUUUUUCCUUCACCAAAUCUUCAACAUGAUAUUCGCUAUUUCAAAGUUGAAUCUAUCAGACAAGUCUCUGGUUGUUCAAUUCGAUUUCGAACCCUACCUAAAUCAUCAUCCAGACAAAACCCCAGCACAUCAUCUCCACAACUCCCUGUUGAAAAACCCGGAUUUGAAUCCCGAAUUGAUUCCGAAGAUGAUGAGAAUCUGGAUUCUUAUUUGCCUUCCGCUUCGACUUCAUUCAACCCGUUCGUAUCGUUCAUUCAAGGUUUCAGAGAGAAGCUUAAGUUCGAUGAACUUGGAAUGGAGAUCAUGUCAAUUGCAUUGCCAGCUGCAUUAGCCCUUGCUGCUGAUCCAAUCACUUCACUUGUUGAUACUGCAUUUGUUGGUCAUUUGGGCUCUGCUGAAUUAGCUGCAGUUGGUGUUUCUAUAUCAAUCUUUAACCUAGUGGCAAAAUUGUUUAAUAUCCCUCUGCUCAAUAUCACAACCUCAUUUGUCGCUGAAGAACAGGCAGUAUUAGUCAAAGCUGGCAUGGCUGACAAUCAGAAUAAGAAGUUUCUGCCAUCAGUUUCAACUUCUUUGGCCCUGGCUGCUGCCUUUGGCAUUGCAGAAACCAUAGCACUUUCUCUUGGUUCUGGCUUCUUAUUGAACACCAUGGGUAUACCUGUUGAUUCGCCCAUGAGAAUACCGGCAGAGCAGUUUACUUCGAUAAAGGCGUUGGGUGCUCCAGCAAUCGUAUUAGCCUUGGCUGCACAAGGAACUUUUCGUGGCUUUAAGGACACUAAGACCCCUUUAUAUGCCAUUGCUGCUGGAAACUUGCUAAAUGUGAUACUGGAUCUAAUAUUGAUUUUCUUUUCUGGACUUGGCGUUGGUGGUGCUGCAAUUGCGACGGUAAUUUCUGAAUAUCUGAUUGCUUUCAUCCUGCUAUGGAAGUUGAAUGAAGAAGUUGUACUAGUCACUCCAAAUGUAGAUGGUGAAAAAGUUGGAAGAUAUUUAAAAUCUGGUGGGCUUCUAAUGUGUAGAAGCUUGGCUGUACUUGUUACCAUGACUCUAUCUACAUCGAUGGCAGCAAGAGAAGGCCCUGUGGCUAUGGCUGGUCACCAGAUAUGCUUAGAAGUUUGGUUGGCUCUGUCUUUGCUCACUGAUGCUUUAGCACUUGCAGGCCAGGCUAUUCUUGCUAGUAGUUACUCGCAAAAGAACUACAGUCAAGCACGCAGAGUAAUAUACAGAUGUCUGCAGAUUGGCUUAACAGCAGGAGUUGGCCUGACUUUUAUCUUGGUCUUUGGAUUCGGACAACUAUCUUGGUUGUUCAGCACAGACUCGGAAGUCCUAAAAAUUGCAAGGUCUGGUACCUUGUUUGUAGCUGCAUCUCAACCAAUGAAUGCUAUUGCUUUUGUUCUUGACGGGCUCUACUAUGGAGUUUCAGAUUUCAAAUACGCUUCAUAUUCCAUGGUGGCGAUUGGAGUAGUAGCUUCAGCAUUCUUUCUUGUUAUUGUUCCUGAAUUCGGUCUUCCUGGGGUUUGGACUGGACUGUUUCUAUUUAUGACAAUGAGAGUAGUGGCUGGAUUCUGGAGGUUAGGAACAAAGGAAGGACCAUGGAAACUUGUUUACUCUGAAACUGACCAAGAAAGCUGAUGCUAAAAUCUUCAUAUGAAGUGAUGAUUUAUGUUGCCAUAAAUGUUUUACUAUCUCACAAACAAAUCAUAUGAAGCAAUUCAAGCCUACAACAAUUGGUUUGAGAUUGGGGUUUUUAGAAACCCAAUCUAUUGAAGGAAGCGGCCAUGCAGGAACACAAGGGGGACCUUAAAAGAACACAAGUGGAGGAAGGAUAUGCACCCAUUUGAGAGAACCUGGGUCGAUAUUUAAACAAACCUCUGUGAUUUAUAACUACAACUACAAGAGUAAAGAAGGUACUUACUUGAAAUGAAACUUUUUUUUGUUAAUUGUAUACAGUUUAAAGUUUAGAUGCUGUAUCAUAACUUGAUCAUCCAUGAAUAAUGUCAUUUUUCUUAUCAUCU